GAGGGACUUCCCACCUGACGUCAUUGCGUAGCUGGCGGGAGUUGUGACGCAGAGCUUCCUUGUUUUCAGUCCAGCGCGGGAGUUUCAGAGGACGCUUCAGUGGGACAGAAAGGCUGAAGGCUCGCCACAAUGCCGUGUGAGAGAAAGCCGAUGCGCUACGGGCACUCGGAGGGACAUACCGAGGUCUGCUUCGAUGAGGGUGGGAAGUUUUUAGUGACCUGUGGAAACGAUGGAGAUGUUCGGAUCUGGGAAAGUCUGGAUGAUGAUGAUCCAAAGUUCAUCACCGUUGGAGAGAAGGCUUACUCUCUGGCUCUGAAGAGAGGAAAGCUGGUGACCGCCAGUUCGAACAACACGGUGCAGAUCCACACCUUCCCUGAUGGAGAUCCAGACGGCAUCCUGACCCGGUUCACCACCAACGCCACGCACGUCACCUUCAACAGCAGUGGCUCCAGGGUGGCUGCAGGAUCCAG